UCUUCUGGUCUCAACAUUGUGUCUUUUAUUUCUUAAGAUGCAACAUUUUAAAGAUGUUGAAAUUGCCACGGUGAGGAUGGAAGAAAAAGCAAAGUUUCAUAAAGAAUUCGAUAAGCUGAAGCAAGAUCUGGAGAGGACUUAUGAGAUGAAGGCAAAGGCGUUGAUGGAACGAGAGAAAAAUGCCAUUGAUCGAUUACAAAAGCAACAAGAGUUUGAAGAAAAAAAUAUGUACAUGCAGAGACAGUCGGUCCUGAAAGAAAUCGAUACGGUGCGAAACAGAGAGAAUGAGCUGAGGAUGAGAAUGGAGGCUUUUGAAAAGACUUGUCAAAUGCACGAGGAGAAAGUCAAGACCACUGAAGAUCUGCUGAGGAGGAGAGAACUGGCUGUGAAGACCAUGGAGGACACAUACGACCACAGAUUGAAAAAUGAACUUUCCAGGUACCAGCUUGAACUCAAAGAUGAAUUCAUCAAGAGAACAGAACAUUUAACCAAGAAUGAGAACAGAAACAAAGUGGAAACGGUUCGCAUCCAAAAGGAGUCUGCUGAAAUGAAUGGAAAAUUAGAGGAGCACAGCAGAGCAUGUUCUGAGCUGAGACGGCUGCAGGAUGAGUUAGACACAGCACAGCAGCAGAUUUCUCUGUUGACUCAACAGAAGGAGAUUUCAAGGGAGAGACUGGAGACCAUGAGUGACUACCCCAGCGUGAAGAGAGAGAACGCAGAGCUGCAGGGCGAGCUGAGGCUGCUGAAGAAACAGCUGGAGGAGACCCAGGAGGAGAACCGGCUGCUCCGUGCAGAUUUGGGCAAGCCAUCCAGAGAGCAGCUGACUUUGCAGACGGACCUACGGAGGCUGCAGAGCACGCACAGACUGGAUGAGGAAGAGUUUGACAACCAGAAACAGGAGCUGCAGGCACAGCUCCAGAGUGAGGUGGAGAGAUGCGCUCAGCUUAAGGCUCAGUUGAUUCAGAGUGAGGAGCGAUCCCAUUGGAUGACUAACCACAUCGAGGAAAUUAAGAUGCAGCUUCGCCAAACUCAACAAGGUAUCACAUGACUGGGCGUGCCUGUCUGCCACGUCUUGGGCCGUCCACACCAAUGAUAAUAAGUAUAAAGAUAACUAUAAAUAUAUAUAUUUUGUAAUGGUUCUAACUCAAGUGGAUGGCGGAGUAUAAACCCCAGCUACUAUGGUCGGGGCCAUUGCUAUUGUUGGUAUCACUUUCAAAGGGAUGGGAUGUAUGUAGAGAUGUCCCGAUCCGAUCAC